CCGGCUCUCUUCUUUGGGUGUUUCAUCAAAUGCCUUUUCGCUAACCGGGCCCCAUCACUAUAUCGUCUUUCAAAAUUAGUGUUUGAAAAAAAAUGUUCUUUGCCAGGACAGAAAAGCAGUGUGUUUCGUGGUUUUCCUUGAGAACUUUAUGUGCUAAUUGUUCAAGUAGUAAAAAUUUGGAAAUUUGUUAAUUUUGUGAUUUAUCAGUUUCAUUCGAAGUAAGAAGUAUGAUGUCUGAAGAAAAAUACGGUGCGACUAUUGGUUCGCAGAAUUAUGAGAAGAAAGAUGAAGAAAACAAUAAUGAAAAGAUUAAAAAAAAGCACCCGUUCACGCUGCGCCAGAAGGUCGCCCUGGUGAUGCUGGCCACGGUGGACUUCAUGAGCUUCUGUUCCAUGUCCAUAAUGGCCCCUUUCUACCCCAAGGAGGCGGCCGCCAAGGGGAUGACGGAACUGACGGCUGGUUUCGUUUUCGGCUUCUACGCCCUGGUGGUGAUGCUGAGUUCUCCAGUUUUCGGCAAAGUGAUGCCGAAGGUGGGAGUGAAGCUUUGCUUCAUUUCGGGAACUCUUUUCUCCGGAGUAUGCAGCUGCGCCUUCGGGCUUCUGAACAUGGUAAAUGAUUAUACCACUUUUACUGUUUUAUCUUUCGUAAUAAGGGGCUUCGAAGCCUUGGGAGCCAGCGCCUAUUCGACAGCUGGAUAUGUGAUAAUAGUUAAUAUUUUUCCAGAACAUUCCGGAGCAGUUAGAGGACUUCUGGAAACCUUCGUGGGUCUAGGCAUGAGUGCUGGUCCAGCUAUAGGGGGUCUCCUCUAUGCGGUUGGAGGUUUUGGUCUGCCAUUUUACGUAGUAGGAUUAAUAACAAUUGUGAUAGCUCCGAUGAAUAUCUAUCUUCUACCCAAGUUGGAGAAAUUCACCAUGGAGCAAAAAGCAGGAUCUUUCACGAAACUACUGCGACUACCCUCCGUAUUAGUCACUUGCCUGAUCUUAGUGGUAGUUGCUGCAACUUGGGGAUUCUUGGAUCCCACCUUGGAGCCACAUUUAAGACCGUUCAAUCUUGAUGCCGGAAGAAUAGGAUUGAUAUUUCUCCUUUUGUCUGCCAUGUACGGCAUAUUUUGUCCUGGAUGGGGAUGGCUAUCCGACAAACUGGAUACUUAUUGGUGGAUCAUGUCCGUUGGUCUGCUCAUUAACUUUUUCUGCCUGAUGUGUUUGGGACCUUCUCCUGUCUUACAUUUUCUGACCAACACAAUCUGGUUGAAUAUAGUAUCCUUGUCAACUUUGGGUGUAUCAGUUGCCAUGGCCCAAAUGCCUACCUAUAGGAGCUUGUUAGACAGUGCCAUGGUUGGUGGUUUCACGGAAACAAUAGGAACACACAGUUUGAUAGCAGGAUUGUGGUCUUGCGUCUACUCAAUGGGAGAGGUGAUCGGCCCCAUUGCUGGUGGUGCCCUUAUGGAAAACUAUGGCUUUCCUGUGACGUCGACAGUAUUCGCAGUUGCCAACUUGGUCACCUCGAUACUAGUGACUUUGUUUUUUAUGACCAGGACUAAGAAAGAAGUUGUUGAAGUGCCAAAAAAUAACAAGCCUAUAAUCAUCACUGCUGAAAAUUUCAAUAAUGGUGCCGCAGUAGUUGUUAAAGAUCAGUCAUCAGAAAUAGUGAAUUCUAUAAGUGUAUCGGAUAGUGAAUGUUUCAAAUCCUGAUAAUUCUCGUUUUGUAUAUAUAUUUUUGAUAUAAAAAUUGUAUUAUUACUAGAGAUUAACUGAUGCUCUGCGAAUGAGUCUCGGAAAAGUAUUAACUUUAUCAUUAAAAGUUUAAAAGCA